CGGUGAUCUUCCCAAGAAAGAUCCCUCAACAUCAAUGUCCUAGAGCUUCGAGCAGUCUAUCUGGCUCUUCUGAGCUUCGAAGCUCGCGUCUUGGGUCGGGAUGUGUUGGUCCUCACGGACAACAUCUCGGCCAAAGCACAUAUAAACAAGCAGGGGGGCACUCGCUCAGUAUUACUCAUGAAGGAAGCUCUUCGGCUGGGUUUGUGGGCCGAGAUUCACCUGAUCUCAUUGCAAGCGGAUCACAUUGCAGGGAAGGACAACAUCCAGGCCGACGCUCUCAGCCGCUCCCAACUGGAUCCCACGGAAUGGAGCAUCCCUCACCACCUCUUCCACUGGAUAACCCUUCAAUUCGGCCUCCCUCAUGUGGACCUGUUCGCCUCCAGCGACAACCACCUACUACCUCGCUUUUAUUUUCGGUUUCCCUCGACAACAGCAGAGGCGGUGGAUGCUCUUCGCGGCCUCGGGGUCUUCUACUUUACGCAUUCCCUCCUCUCCCUCUGAUAGCCAAGGUGGUUCGCAAACUGUUGCAGGAGAAGGCAGAACUCAUCCUUCUUGCCCCUUAUUGGCCCGGCAGACCCUGGUUUGCGGACCUUGUAUCUCUUUCAGUGGUUGCUCCUUGGCGGAUUCCAGACAAUCAGAUCGUAUUGCGAGAAGGCAACGGUCUUCAUCCAGAACCCCAGUCUUAUCAUAUAACCGUCUGGAGGUUGAGCGGCUCCGUUUGAUCAAUUCCAACGUGUCCCCAGCCGCGAUUCCCAUUAUUCUGGCGGCGCGACGACCCACAACAGUUCGUAUCUAUGACUCAACAUGGAAGGCCUUUCUUCGUUGGUGCUCCAAACACCAUUUGGAUGCCUCAUCUGUUUCGGUGGUUCAAAUUGUGGAUUUUCUACAGGAAGGUUUCGCCUCUGGGCUUUCACCCAACACUCUACACCGCCAAGUCGCAGCCUUAUCCUCGGUAUUAGCCUUUGGUCCCGAGACCUCACUAUCCAAGGAACCUCUUAUUCGUGCCUUUUUGAGGGGUGCUACCAACCUCCGUCCUCCGGUGGUUCACAGGUUCCCCACCUGGGACCUUAACAAGGUCCUCACAUCCCUCACCAAACCACCUUUCGAACCUCUCAGGGACGUCAAUUUGAAGUUUUUAUCCUUCAAAGUUUCCUUCUUGGUGGCGAUCACCUCCACCAGACAUAUAUCAGAGCUCACCUCUCUUUCAAUUCGAUCCGAUUUCUGCGUCUUCCACAAGGACAGGGUGGUUCUCCGAUUAGAACCUGCAUUCAUUCCAAAGGUUAACUCUACCUUCCACAGAGCUCAGGAACUCAUCCUUCCAGACUUUUGUCCUUCUCCACGCCAUCACCUGGAGAAAGUCUGGCAUACUCUUGAUGUGCACAGAGCUCUAAAGAUUUACAUAUCCUGCACCUCGUCGUUUCGACGAUCCGAAGCCCUCUUCAUUUCCUUCCAGCCUUCGUCCAUGGGGUCUCGCGUCACGGCUACCAUGGUGGGACAUUGGCUCAGAGCUACAAUCUCCACGGCAUAUGAGUCUUAAUCCUUACCUGUUCCUCAUCGUAUUACAGCAUAUUCCACCAGAAGUGCUUCCACAUCAGCGGCUUGGGCCACCCAGGCUUCCCUGGACAAGGUCUGUCGGGCGGCAACUUGUACUUCGGUGACCCCCUUCAUUCAGCAUUACCAGUUGGACACUUACGCUUCCGCAGACGCCGCUUUUGGCAGAAGGGUGCUGCAGAGAGUUCGACCGGAUCCCUCCCUAUAGGACAUGUGCUUUGACAUGUCAGUCUACUGGACACCUUCGCCUCAAAACUGGAGCCAAGCAGGAAAGGGCGGAGCUUUGACUUCCAGUAGUCCUAUUGGUCAGCCACC